GGAGCGAAGCAGCGAACCCGACUAUUGGCCGACGGAUAGCCAGAGACCUCGGGAGUGUAUGAAGCCGACUGUUAACUUCAGGCUCAGAUCGCCACCCAAAGUCAGCCUGUGUUAGGUAACGAUGAGUACAUCGGAGUCGUUGGAUCGAAUGGAACUGUGUGAAAGCCUCUUGACAUGGAUCCAGACAUUUGGAGUGGAGGCUCCAUGCAAGACAGUAGAAGACUUGACGAGUGGCAUUGUCAUGGCCCAAGCUCUGCAGAAAAUAGAUGUAGUGUAUUUCAAUGACGCUUGGAUUAGUAGAAUCAAGCCAGAGGUCGGGGACAACUGGAGGUUAAAGGUCAGCAAUCUAAAGAAAAUUCUGAAAGGUAUCCUAGACUAUAACCAGGAGGUCUUAGGCCAGCAUAUUAAUGACUUCACACUACCAGAUGUUAACCUCAUUGGAGAACACUCUGACGCAGCCGAGCUUGGGAGGAUGCUACAACUUAUACUGGGCUGUGCUGUCAACUGUGAACAGAAACAAGAAUACAUCCAGACCAUAAUGAUGAUGGAGGAGUCUGUGCAGCACGUUGUCAUGACAGCCAUUCAAGAGCUGAUGAGUAAAGAGACUCCAGUGACGGGAGGAAAUGACUCAUAUGUGGAUCUAGACAGACAGCUGAAAAAGACAGUGGAGGAGCUGAACGAUGCUUUGGCUACUAAGGAGGAGAUCGCCCAGAGGUGUCGUGAGCUUGACAUGCAGGUGGCAGCUCUGCAGGAGGAGAAGAGCAGUUUGCUAGCAGAAAACCAGGUCCUGAUGGAGAGACUCAACCAGUCCGACUCCAUAGAGGAUAUAAACAGCCCGGCUGGACGCAGACACCUCCAGCUGCAGACACAACUGGAGCAACUACAGGAAGAAACUUUCAGGUUGGAGGCAGCAAAAGACGACUAUCGGAUCCGCUGUGAGGAGCUUGAAAAAGAACUUUUAGAUGUGAAGUCACAGAAUGAAGAGCUUGUGUCACUGGCUGAUGAAGCCCAGUCUCUCAAGGAUGAGAUGGAUGUCCUAAGGCAUUCAUCAGACAAAGUGUCAAAGCUGGAGGGCACAGUGGAACACUACAAGAAGAAACUUGAGGAUAUGGGGCUUCUCAGGAGACAGAAUAAACUUAUGGAGGAGAAGAACACUGUGUUAAUGCAGACCAAUGUCAGUUUGGAGGAAGAUCUACGAAAGGCAAAUGCUGCCAAGAGCCAGCUGGAGACAUACAAGAGACAGGUGGUUGAACUUCAGAACAGAUUGUCGGAAGAGUCUAAAAAAGCAGACAAAAUGGAGUUUGAAUAUAAACGUGUCAAAGAGAAAGUGGACUCCCUACAAAAAGAAAAAGAUCGUAUGCGGACAGAGAGAGACUCACUGAAGGAGACUAUUGAGGAGCUACAUUGUGUCCAGGCUCAGGAGGGACAGCUUACAUCAAGUCUAUUCCCAUUGGUCAGCAAUGAUGGCUCUGAUUCGCUGGCUGCUGAGAUCACCACCCCAGAGAUCCGGGAACAUUUGAUUCGUCUUCAGCAUGAGAACAAGAUGCUAAAGCUGGCCCAGGAGGGAUCAGACAAUGAGAAGAUCGCACUGUUGCAGAGCCUGCUGGAGGACGCCAACAGAAGAAAAAAUGAACUGGAAACAGAGAACAGGUUAAUCAAUCAGCGCUUGAUGGAGGAACAGAGUCAGGUAGAGGAGCUACAGAAGACUCUUCAAGAACAGGGUUCCAAAGCAGAUGAUUCUUCUAUUCUGAAGAAGAAAUAUGAGGAGCACAUGGAGAAAGUACGCGAGUUGAACAACGAGUUACUGAAGAAAAACGCCUUCAUCGACGAAAUGGAGCCUAAGUACAGCGCCAGCUCCCAACGAGUGGAGGAGCUGGAAGAGGCCUUGAAAAAGAAAGAUGAAGACAUGAAACAGAUGGAGGAGAGAUAUAAGAAAUACCUGGAAAAAGCCAAGAGUGUGAUCAGGACCCUGGACCCCAAGCAGAACCAGGGUUCAGGUCCCGAGGUCCAGGCCCUUAAGAACCAGCUGCAGGAGAAGGAGAGGAUGUUGCACUCACUGGAGAAAGAGAUGGACAAGACAAAGACCCAGAGAGAUUACGAGGAGAAACUGAUUGUGUCAGCCUGGUACAAUAUGGGUAUGUCUCUGCAGAAGAGGGCGGCCGAAGACCGACUUGCCAACACCGGCUCUGGUCAGUCCUUCCUGGCCCGGCAGAGACAAGCCACCAGCACACGCCGCUCCUAUCCAGGCCACGUCCAACCAGCUACCGCAAGGUAGAUGGCAACAGGGCAGAAAAAUACUGCGACAAACUACCUUACAAAUCCCCUGAACUUAACAUGCAGUAGAUGUGCCUUUUUUGAGGCACUCUUAUUUCCAUUCAUUUCUAAUGGAAGUUCUUGUUUUCCUGCAUUCUGCCUAUUGAUUAUCUUUUUUUUCCCUUCUUGAUCAGAUCCAUGAGGUAGAGAUGCCAGGCAAGGCUGUCCAAAUCUUGCACCACUUUUUUCCCUGACUAAGCAUAUUUUACCCUGACUCCUGUGAUGCCAGGCUUCUACCUUUUUCAGCCCCUCAGCAUAUUUAAUAGGGUCUGACUAAUCACUCCAAAACACCCUCUCUUCCCCCUCCUUUCAACCACUGACUUUCCUCAACCUGUACUCUAUGGCAAACCUUUGCCAGGCAGGUAAUCUGGACCCCAAAGCUGAGAAGGCUCGCAUCUUCUUGACAAGUUACUGUCAUUUUUGUUUAGAGGAACCGCUCUACCUGUUCAUGCAGUAUUUAUGCACAUCUCUACCUGUGAUAACAUUUGAGGUUCAUCUUGUUAUUUUUGCCUGGAGUUGGCAGAUUUUCUGUCCUGAGUUACCCGUUUUAACUCUCAUGAUGUAGCUUUAAGAAGGUUAACUGCAAUUUUCAGUUACGUGUGUCAAUGUUUCACUUGUUAUAUUGAAAUGAUAAUUUCAGAAAGUUGCUCCUUUGCCAUGUCAUUGUGUUAAAGAGCUACAAAUACAUUGAGGCAUAGGAAGAUGUAUAGUCAUCACGUGUAAAUGUUCCAUUUGCUUGCUAAAUGGUCUGAGUGAUUUCUAAUGGGACUACAAGGUAAAAAAAAAAAAAAAAAACAGGUUUCUGUUGGCUGGUAACAGUGCAGCAAUAAUUGUGAAGGGUAAUUUUUCUCCCAAGGGAAAAACAAAGAAAAGUUUCAGUUGUUUCAGGGUGUGCAGUCCACAGCUGGGUAGAUUCACUGUAUACUGGUUUUCAUCAUGUUUCUUAAGGAGCCGUUGUCGAACAAAGUGAGAAAUGCAUCAGUGCACAUGGUUUUAGCUUUACCAGCAUUUACCAGGUUGUCUCAGACAACACCUUAUGUGCCAUAGUGAUAAAUUUAAUGUUUGUACCACAGUAUUUGGUUAAUAUUAUCCUUGAAACACCAUGCAGGCUUCCUCCCUUUAGAUCCUGGGACUGUCUGGUUGAAACAAGAUUUAGUUUGUAGAUCACCCUCAAUGCCAAGAAGUCAACGAAGAGAAGGCGAUUAUUCAGUACAGCACAUUCAAGCAAACUUACUCUCCAUAUCAUUUUAGAAUCAUUUGAUUGUUAUUAUAGUAGAAAAGGUUUUUCGGUGUUUGUUAAAUGGUGUUUGGAUAAGCACUACACAGUACUGCCCAUGCCACUUUAAAUAGGAAUCUUGAAUAUGUAUGCUCGUUGCAGCUGUUCCCAUUCUUUUUUCAGCCUGUCUUUUCUUUGUUUGUCAUUGUUUUUAAGGCACAUCAUGAAUGAUCUCUCGUUGACAUGAUGGACCUGUAGAAGCAUUGAAAUUAACCCUGUUAAUUUGUUUGUGUAUCUGUUUAGAUAAGGGCCAGAACUUCAGGCUAACAGGCUCCAUCAUCUGACUGUUAUCUCUCUUCUCUCCUCCUUCAACAGCAAUGUCACUGCAUGACUGGCACACCAAUGAACUGGCCAAGCCUGGUGUGGCUGGGCUAGGCUGAGGCACUCGAUGCAUGAACUACCUGCCUGCCUACUGUUUGCAUGACUUUGCAUUGACUCCAAGCCUGCAAAUAACUGGCAGCAUGAGCACUAACAACCCUCUGCAGUGUCAUGCGUUGUAACCUCCAGACAAGCCUGAGGAGGGAAGUGUUCAGAGAAAGAAAACUCCUCACCCUGAUUCCCCCAAUUAAACUCCUUUCCGCCUUUCCAACUCCUUACCCCUCUUGUUCUGCUUUUUUCUGUUAUCCCCACCAUCUCCGCUCCUCUGCCCCCUCUACUUACUCUUCGUGGACAUGCCUGCUUGUGCUUCCCCACUGCAUUUAGUCAUUUACUCUUCAACGGAUAAUAUGUUACAAACACCUAGGACAAGGGCAGAAUAUUGCAGUAUAGUCUGUUGAUCAGCCAGUUGGUUCAAUAGGCCUUUUCUUUAGUGCUUGUAUGUAACUUGAUGUUGGCUAGCUGCUUCAGGAUACCUCAGUGACAUAUUUCCACAUAUCUGUUUUUAUUGACAUAGUUGGAGGACAGUUGGCAUCACUAGGAGGGAGAUGUUUGAGAGGUGUAGCCUGCACAUUAGUCUGCAUAACAAAAAAGAAGCCAGCUCCCCUUUUAACUUCUCAGUGUGUUUAUCUCCUGCGAUGGUUCUGCCCGGCCUCUCCUCAACAUGUUGCUAGAUGGCAUCUUAGAAGUGCUUUUACCUCAAGUAUUAGUGAGUGCAGCAAGUUGAGACUAAAGGAGGGCUUAUGGGGCAUUACCAGGUUGCCCUGUAUGCUUUUGGACAGUUUGCAGUAGGAGCAUAGGAUGGCAAAAUAAACGUUUUAAAUGAAUAACAUUGUUACAGAUAUGCUUUUAUACAGGAUAAAAGCCCCCAUUAAGCCUACAUGCAAUUUUUCUUCAGCUGUCAUUUAAUGUCAGUGUAGCAUCUAUUUCUUGAUAAAAUGCAUAUUUAAUAGAUAUGAUACUAUAUAGUGUUUCUGAUGAUGGCUAUGCCGUCUUGUGUUAUUUGUCUAGCAGCAAAUAAGUGCAUUUUGUCACAUGUUUGAUACACUUUACCUUAAAAAUUAAUGCUAAUUUGGUAGAAACGUCAGAAUAUUAAAAGAUAAGGUUAUGAAACUGCACAUUAGCUCAUGUAGGCUAAUGUAUAGUACAUUCAUCUGAAAGGGCUAAUCAGUUCAAAGAUGUGGAAAGGGAAAACAAUUACAACAAUUUAAAAAUGAAAGUUUUGGCAUUGUUAAUGGAACAAACUGACUGCUUAAACAUGCAGCGUUAACCACAAAGCAAGAUGUGAGUUACAUUGAACAGUAGUUAUAGUAUCAGUUAUAGCAAAACUUUAUUUAGUAUUGCUGUAAUACAUACUGUACAUUUUGUGUAGCUUUUUUUUUAAAUUAACUGUCUUAUUUAAAUUAUAUUUCUAGAGCUGAUCCUUGUUGACAAAAAGAGUGAGAAAGACUCAAAAUAAACACCUGGACCUGUGGAUACAUGCAUAUUAUAGACAUAAAUGCAUACCUUUAUUUAAAUGGGAGAGAUGGUUGAAUGCUCCAUUUUAGUGCCUUUGUUUAAAAUAUGAUACAAAAAAAGACUUUCUGGCUUUCUUAGGACUAAAGGCACUUUGCCUUUAAAGACCAGGUUUAUUGUGUUAUUUGAAAAAAGAAAAAAACUGUCUGAGAUGGGCUUAAAUCUCACACGAUAAAUUUCUUGACUUGUAUUGUUUAGAUUUAGUAGGCUUAAUGAGGGUUUUUUCUUCUCUGUUCUUAACCUGUUUUACUCAAUUUGUAUAAUGUGUAACCCUGGUUUAAUUCAUGCCGUGCAUUUUUAUCUCAAUGGCUUAUUUAUUCUUUUGCUGCUUGUACAGCGGUGUUGUUACUUUUUUUUUUUAAUAUUAGUAGUAUUAUUAUAUCACCACUUAUACUGUUACAAUGGAUGUGAAGUUUCCAUACAGCAUCAAAAUACUGUUUAAUACUUGUCUUAUGCAACAAAAGGAGGAGAAGGCUUGUAAUAGUGUAGUGUUUGUCUCCAUCUAAUGAAAGUGACAUAUAGGUUAUUAUAUUAACUGUGUCAGAUCAGAUCAGAGUAAACUGGAGAAAACAGUGCACAGUCAUAUUGUAUUUACCUCCAGUCUUUUCAGGAAGAGAAGUUUCUCAGAAAAUUACUUUGCUAAGAAACUUAUCAUGUUUGAAAAUGAAUGUUUUCUCAUCAACAAAAAAAGCACAUUCAACAUUUUUAUUCACUUAAUUGCUAGUGAAUAUACUGUGACCCUGUAAAUGAUCAUUUUCUCCAGUGACAGCAACAAAGACUGGGGCCUUGUUUGUGGGAAGAAGGGUUCAUUAGCUGUUGUGGAUUUGUAUGUAACUGCAUUAAAAUCAUGUUAGCACAGAUGUUUGGUAAAGUAUUUUUAAUUAAACAAGGGCAAAUCAGAUUCCAUAUCUGGGCAUCAAAUACAUUUGUGUUCCAGAAGUGAGUAAUGAAAUAACAUUUCCAGUACAAAUUCACUUGCAAAGGAAAGAGGUGACAUCUUUUGUCUAAUUCUCUACUUUUUUCUAUGUGUUUUGUAAACCACUUGCCAUUAACAUCUACAGUUUGAGCUGUAAGUUACACAGAAUUCUUUUAACCGUCCAUCCCCACAAGUCGUUGAUUUGGUGAGAAAUCUGUAUAUAAUGGAGCACAUCCACUGUAUGGUUGACCUGUUUUAAGUUAUAUCAGGGAUGUUGGGGAAACAUUUUUUGUUGCUUAAUAUGUCCCUGAGGAGAAAUCAUAUUGUGUUAUCCACCCUCAAGUCAGCCACUGUAUUUUGUUGCUAUUAUGUGUCUGUGUUUAUUCUAAAUAUUAACUUGAUGCAAAUAAUGAGAUAGUGGGGGAAAGAUUAUCACAAGGGAGUUGCAGCAAUAUAACCAGAGAAACUAAUGUAAAAAGCCAGCUAGUUUGGGCCAUUUUCAGACCUUAUUAAUGCCAAUUUCUUCUCAAUAGAGAAGGAAAGGAUGACACCUUGAUGUACUGUUCAACCUAUAACUCAAAAUCCUUCCCUGUUAUUCACAUUUGAGAACAAAAUACUAAAUGAGGAUUGCAGUUUCUAAAAGUCAGUCAUAAUGUGGUGUGUUACUUACCUAAGCUAAAAUGACUACCCAGUAUUUCCUAGUGUUACUUGACUGCUGACUGCACUGUGGGCCAGUCAGAAGUGUAUUAUAGAGAUGAAACAAACAACUUGAGGCUGUUCAAAGGUCAGAAUCUUAUGACAAUGUGUGCAGUGUUUGCUGUAUUUUUUUACUCAUUGGAAAACUUUUCUUUACAUAUUGAAGUAGCAAAUAACCUUCCAUUUGCCAAGUUUUAUAUUGCUCUUAUACAAACACACUAUGUACAUACUCAAUGUGACAGUGGAAGUAGAGGAAGUGUCUGGCCAUUUGAGAAUGAGGAAAAUAAACUCAUGUCUAGGUAGAUGGAUUUCAUAUAGCAUCUGUCCGAUGAGGACCUAUUGAUGUGCUUCCUAUACUGCAAAACUUGGAAAUGACAUUGUAAAUAAAGCUUGUAUAAAACAG